AUGUCGUCCCGCAAAUCCCCCCCUUCCCCCAUCGAAUCAUCAUCCUCCAACAAAAUCCAAAAUCAAAACCGCAAUCGCUCCCGCCCGCCCUCUCGGACCCCGUCCCACGCGCACUCGCACUCGCAAACAAGCGCCCAGGGGGGUUCAGACGAUGAGAUCCCCACAUCCACGCUGCGGGCUCGGAACGUGACUGGGACGAGCAUGCGGGAGUUUCCGCCCUCGCCUAGUACGCCGAGAGCUGGGGGUCGGGAGGGGAGCGGAGAAGGAAGAGAAGGGAGAGACGGAAGAGAAGGGGGAGGGGUAGCGGGUGGGAAUGGAGGUGGAGUGGGAAAUUGGAGGUUGCCUGGUGUGAAGGGGACUAUGGGCGGGAUAGCAUCACCUGGUCGUUCCCAAUUCCCAUCAUCGCCAGCUUGGUCCCCCGCUCCAUCAAACGCCGUACAGCAACGUCGCCCAAAUGGAGAACAAGCACAACCGCCCCGUCCACCUUUAACAUUCCGGACCGACCCAACGAUCAAGUCAUGCCUCGACACCCUCCCUCUUGACUCGCGAGACGAGCUGCGGCGGAUGUUUGGCGUCUCAUAG